AUGUUCAACACUAUAUUCAACCUUUCAAAUGUGCAGAAUGCUUUAGUCAACUCAUCUACAGAAGGAAUAAAAAUGCUUUCUUUGGAUGUUGUAGUGAAAAAUAAAUGUAGAAAACUUCGUGCAAGAGAAUUGAUGUAUGGAGAGAUAAAAAAAUGUCACCAAGCAGGAUUUUAUAUAUCAGACAGAAAUGUUCGUCUUGCUCAGAAAGACACUAAGCUUUGUUAUUGCGAAGCCACUAUUUUCAUCAAGCAAUACAUCAACAACCCUGAAGUAGUUUUAAUUUGUAUGACCAACGAUCAUACCAACCAUGUUCCUGGCGACGCUUCUGAAAUUAGAACAUUGCCUUUACCUUCUGAGGUCAUCAAAAUUAUUGAAGAUCAGUUAAAAGGGGGCAGCACUUGUAGAAAUACUAGAAUUUCAGUUUUGAAACAAAUUGAAGAGUGGGGCGUAGGCAUUAGAAAGCCCAAUUAUGAAGACAUCUAUAACAGAAUGAGAAAGAUGAAGAAUUUACUGUAUAAGUUUCACCCUGAUGAAAAUAAGUCUCUGGAUAUUUGGAUGCAUGAGAAGUUACCAUCACAGAACUACUGUAUCUUUACUGGCAAUCUUUCUGCAUACAGCAACAAUGCACAGAAUUUUGCGUUUGAAUUUCAAUCACCAUCUCAAAUGAUGCUUAUGAGAAUUUCCCAGUCGUUUUGUCUUAAUGCAACACACAACAUCUCUGCACGCAACAUUGAAAUAUUAUACUCACUUGUUCCUCGUCAUCCUGAUACUGGAAAAGGUAUUGCUGAAGUUAAUGCAAUUACAGCAGCAUUGCCACAGACCAUCAUCCAUUUCUGUGAGUUUCAUGUUUUGCAUGCCUGGCAGCAUAAUUUAGACAGCAAAGUAAAGUUUGAUGCUUCAUACACAUCAGAACAACUUGGCAAAUACAAGUAUGAGCUCAAGGCCGAUCUCAAAAAUAUACUUAUUGAAUCAGAUGAGAAUGAAUUUUUGAGAAAAAUCCAGGAGUUUAGGCUUUGUGUACAAAGUCAGCAACAAUUCCUGGCUUAUUUCGAAUGUAAAUGGAUUGGAACAGAAGAAUUGUUGAGAAGAUGGGGAAGGCCAUAUGUUGCAAAUGACCACCAAAGAUAUUUGACAAACAAUUACAUCGAAUCGUGA